AUGCUUGCCCGUGCGAAUAGCGACGCAGGUACUCGUCUUCGUCGCUCCAAAUCUACAUCGACGGUCCACAAGCGUCCUACAUCUGUCACUGACUCCUUGGAUCUGGAUGCAGUCAAGCAGCAAGCCUUGGCUGCUGCUACAGCUGCUUUCGCACGAGCACAACUCCAAGAUGUAGCAGACCACAGCGGGAAACGUAACUCUGAAGUCUCCAGAUCCAAGAGCAAUACCAGCCGCAAGUCUCUCAUGUCGCAAGGUAGCCACUUUCCACCGCGCGAGUCAAGUUUGCGUUCCACGCAGCGACCAAAGGUUCAAGAGAAUACACGCAGUCAAUUUCGGUCACAGGCUUCAGAAGCGGAUACGGAACAGAACACCGAGCAGUUUCCGCCCUUCUAUCCUACUCCUACCGUCGAGGGGUCAUCUCCACCACCCCGGCAAUUAUCUACACAGCCUUCCAUCACCUUUAGCGAAAGUGCCAGGCCCAGCUCCCAGCCAAAACCUCUUCGGCCGAAUGCUUCAACCUCGAUCACCUCGCAGCAGAUACGGAAGGCACGAUCCAUGUAUUAUGCAAGCAGUGUGCAGACAGGAUCGCCUAUAGCACGGCCGCCCGCGAAGUAUCUUACCACACCACCUACAGUCGGGAUCAUUCCAAUAUCGGAACCAUCGCCUGUAUAUGUACCGAAUCGUACUCUUGGGCCGUCCCCCCUGGCCGGUCCGCGCCUACCUGUCACCGUUGGACUCGACGCUACAUUAGAUAAGGCGCGAGAUGACUACCUGCAAGGUUUCCAACAGAAGGCGAUCAAGCAUAAACCUUCAAUGUUCUUAGCACCCUUCAAGAAGAGACAGGACAAGGGGAAGGAAAAGGGAAAGCGGACCUUAUCCGGCGCGCAAUCUAUCUGUGCGAGCAGUCAGCACACGCCUGACGAUUCAACGACAGACCUCACAUUGAACGACUUCGUCCCACCGCAGGACAUCAAAGAGAAGCGGUCAUUUUCUGGAUCUUUGAAGAGCAAAAUUCGGAAAGUUUUCCGGCGAACGUCAGCGAAGUCGGCCAAUCUUCCUGUUCAACAGAUCGAUGCCAGUCGAGACUACUUCCACACUGCACGUAUCGGACCACCAUCAGUGGAUGAGACAUAUGCUAUACCGCCACCUGAUCAGGAGACAUUGCAGCGCAUCCGCGCCCGUACUCCAUCUAGUGAAGGGAAUCGCCCCGUCUAUCUACGAUCUGGAUCUCGAAGCAACAGCACUGGAAGUGGACGCAGUAACCGUAGUCUUCAUAGUGAAGUACACGUACCGCAUGUACCCACAUCUCGGGUGACGAGCUGGGGAACUUCUUCAACCGAAGAUACACUGACGCAAAGAGCCAUGAAGCGGAUGACUGUCAUCCACGAAUCCAAAGACAGUAUCGGUAGCGAAGCAGACCGUAUCGCCUCUGCGAUAGCAGUAAGGAGGAAGUCUAUGCCUCUUCCACCACUCGCUUCUUUCCGUGAUCCCAUGCCCAUGGAAAGCCUUGUGGAAGAGGUACCUACACCCAUCGACGCCAAACGCGUCUUCUCUGCGUUGAUGCGAGAAAUGGGAACAUCCAAGCCAUCUCAAACAUCAGCAGGCCUCAUCGAAGGAACACCAGGCGCGGAAAGCGAUGUCUUUGAGUCGAGUACGACAAAACUUCAGGUUCAGACGCGAGAACUACACUCCAGUUGCAGUCGCCAUCUUCGAAGCAGUACCGAACUAGAACAGCGACCACCAUCUCGCCGACCCGCUACAGCUCAAAGUACUCAAAGUAAGACCAGCACAAUCAAGUCUCUUGGCAGGGCGAUAAGGUCCACCAUUCGCACCGUGACACCCAGACAACACUCGUCUCCUGAUCCUGAUGUCACCGCGAAUGUAGACGACGCCAAUAACAUCAACAAACAUGAUGAAAAUACUCCUUCGAAUGUGGCUACAUCUGACUCUGAGGACGGCGGCGAUACAAGUGAUGAUGCUGAUAAGGAUCAUACAACUCAAAUAUUCACUCCCUCGGCUUCGCAGAUUGAAAAGCGCGUUGAGAGGGCAAAAGAUCGCUGGAACAACUCUCUUGAUGAGGCCGAGCACCUCCAGUUCCCCCGUGAGACAAGUAAAAUUUACGACAUCACAACUUUUGAUCAGCAAACUCGAAAAACACAGCAAUCUAGCGUUGAAGGGAGCCAAGCAGCAUCAUUAGAUACCGGUACGGUGCAGACUCAAAUUGCUCACGGAUUACCAGAAUCACCGAAAGUCCAGGGGUCGCCAGUUCCUCAAGCUUCGAUGACACCAAUGUCACCCAGCAUAUAUUCGCGCAACACCGAUGGCGUCAGUAUACUUCCCAACGACAGCGUCAUGUCUUUUAAUGGCCCAAACGAUCUGGAUAGAUCGCAUGAUGGCGGCUCGGCUGUGAUUCUCACAUCCCAUUCUGUACGAAGCUACGUGGUAGGAACCCCCUCGCCGCGUCAACGUGGGCCAGAUUGUGCUAGUCGUGAUUGGAGGGCUUGGCUUUCCCAUGAAAUUUCAGGUAUGGAACUCACCAGUCAGGAGGAUCUCCGGAUCGAUGAUCAAUACACAACACCCUCGAAGAGAGGUCAAGACUCCGCAGGCACUUCAUUUACUGAGCAGGAUGACACGACUGUAGUUCUGCAAGCAUCUCACAACACCAAUACACCCAGAGCAGAUAUUGAACCAAUAGCGAGUAUCAAAGUGCCUCAUGUGGACGAUGAUCAGCCAGAUCUGGACCACCAACCCCAAAACGGUGCCUUGGGAGGGACACCGGUCUCCAAGGGACACAAACCGCGCAUUGAUAGUUUAAAGGAAGACGCUGUCAGCUACAGCCCCACAGUGAGAGCAUACGGAAGUAUUGAGUCGCGCAGAAAAUCUCAAAUAGGCUCCGCACGGCUUUCCAAUGCAGAGUCUUCGCCUUCAAUAUCGAGAUGCCGCGUUUCCACUUCGCGUUUAGGCUUUGAGACGCCAAAAUCUCCCGCAAUGAAUGAUCGUUUUCCUUUUCUAGACACUGGUCGACGCUCAAGUAGCAACAGCUUAUGUUCCCGAAAUUCGAAAUCGGCCACUGAAAGCGUCGCUUCCUUGAAAUCUUUGAAAUCUUUCAAGUCAACGCCCGGCGCAAGGCUCAACGCCGACAUCUCAGCUCCUUCAACGGAUGAAACGUCGAGACGCGCUCCCACAACAGCGUUGAAGAGAAGUGACGCGCAGCUAAAGAGGAAGGAGAACAUCACACCACCGAUUUCGCGCGAUCAGAGGCAGCCUGCCGCAUCACCUCUGGGUGUUACACCUCGAACAAAUUCGCAGCAGCUAUUAUGCUCGUCACCCUUGAACCGCAAUUCAUCAUACGCCGACCAGAACAUCGCGAAGACACCUGAGAUGAACGCUACAAAAUUGCAACAAGAUCCAAAUGCGACACCACUACGUCCGCGAGUACGCGUGAAAAUGCGGCCCGUUUCUCCCGAGAAGCUCGCCCGACGACCAAGAAGCGCUUUUGACUUGCGCGGUACGAAUGGUCUCGGAGGACUCAAUGCAGCACCGCAACAUGCUAGUGCAGGCGUGCGACAGCCAACAUUGCAUGUCAAAACCUCGUCAAGUUCUCUAGCCAUGACUAAAGAACCAAUUCCAGAUGCGUUGGAAAGAGUCAUCGACAGUGUGAUUGAUGGCGAUCGUAGCGGGAGCGUUACCCCAGGACAGCGAAUGGCCGACCGCUUUCUGAAGGAGCGGGAGAAAACACCUGUGCCGGAAGGCAGUGUUGGGAAGAGAGGCGGGCUGGUUUUGGUAAGGGAAGAUACGCCUGCGUUCUUGUGA